AUCAUAAACAACAAACAGCAGGAUGACGGUCUGGAGUCGAGUACCGGCACAUUUCCUCGCCAUCGCGAAAGCGAACUACACGGCGCAGGAAAAGCCACAUCACAUCGACCUGGACGUUGGUGACACGGUGGUGAUCGAGCAAGAGUCCUACCAUUGGUACUACGGCCGCAACAGCAGUUCGGGUGCGUUGGGCAUCUUUCCGAAGGUGUACGUCCAUCCGGUCGAUAGCAAAACGUCCCGCGAUGGUGAUCUGGUGAUACGGCGUAGCGAAAUCGUUGAGGAGAUCACGACAGUGCUGAAGGAAUGGCAGUAUCUCUACCGUCGGCUAUACCUAUCGACCCAUCCCUCCUUCAAGCUGGUACAGAGUAAGAUGCUCGAGCUGAUAAGGCUUCGAUCGCAGCUACUCUCCGGCAACCUGCCGGUGGACGAGAUGAAGAACAUCAAGCUGAAAGCGACCAGCGAAAUCGACACGGGCAAUAAGAUCCUAAAUUUGGACAUGGUUGUGCGGGACGAUAGUGGUAACAUCGUCGAUAUUGAAAGCACCUCCACGACGCAGCUGUACGAGCAUCAUCUGAACGCGGUAGACCGCAUCAAACGGGCCAAUACAUCGAACAACAAGAACCGGAAUCUGGAUAUUAUUAAUCGUCACUCGCACAAUCUACUGCUGUCGGUGCAUAAUUUCGUGUGUAGAUUAAGUGAAGAUACGGAAAUUCUCUUCACACUGUACGAUGGUGAUGAGAUGCGAGCAAUCACAGAGAACUAUGUGGUCAAGUGGAGCCGCCAGGGUAUGGCCGCGGAUCUGGACCAGUUCAACAACAUCAAGGUGUUGUUUACGGAUCUUUCGGGCAACGAUUUGAGCCGCAAUAAAAUAUACCUAGUGGCGUACGUUGUGCGGAUCGGUGCAAUGGAUGGAAAGGAUACGGAUCUGCGGCGUAGCAGUAUGGCUAAUUCCACUGGCAGUGGGAGCUACAAAACGCACCGAAAUCAUUUAAAUUCUCAGCUGAGCACUCCAUCCUCACCUGGGCCUGGCGGUGGAGGUGCAGGUGGCCAGUCCGGCUCUGGAACACCGUCGAUCGGAUCAAGUGUUUCGUCUAAUGCGGGCAAUGAGUUUCAUAUGCGCCGACCAUUCGGUGUAGCAACGUUAGAUUUACAGCCAAUCAUAAAACGUUCGGAAGAUUUCAAGAGCGACACGCAACUCAAAAUGCCAUUCAUUGCAUGUGAAAAGGAGCCAUUAGAAACGACACUGCGCAAGCUGAUCAGCAAUAAAGAUCUCGGCGAAAAGAGUGAUGCAGCCAUCUGGAUCAGUGUGGACAUACUGUUCGGUGAUAUUAAACAGGUACGGGACGAGUAUCCACAUCUCGUCCUGGGUAAUGUGGCGUUCGCCCGCAAGAUGGGCUUUCCGGAGGUGAUCUUUCCGGGUGACGUGCGGAACGACCUGUAUCUCACGCUAGUGUCCGGAGAGUUUUCCAAGGGCUCCAAAAGCAGCGAUAAGAACAUCGAGGUGACCGCGUACGUGUGCAAUAAGAGCGGGGUAGCGAUCCCAGGCGUCAUCAGCUACGGUGGAGGCGGAAAUGCACUGAACGAGUACAAAUCCGUCAUCUACUACCACGAGGAUCGGCCAAAGUGGAGUGAAACGUUCAAGAUCGACGUGCCGAUCGAGGAGUUUAAGCAGUGCCAUUUGCGGUUCACCUUCAAACACCGCAGCUCGAACGAGGCGAAAGAUCGUUCGGAGAAACCGUUCGGGCUGUCUUACGUACGGUUGAUGAACGAUGACGGCACCACGCUACAGCACAAGCGCCACACGCUGCUGGUGUACAAGAUAGAUCACAAAAAGUACGACGACGAGACGCAGUUUAACUACUUACAUUUGCCAUCGCUCGCGGAAGAACUGCCAAACGGUAGCUCCAAACCAUCCAUUAGCGGAUUCAGUCUCGCAUCCAAGGACAGUUUCAUCAUCGAGACGAACCUGUGCAGCACGAAACUGACACAGAACGUUGACAUUCUUGGACUGCUGAAUUGGUCGUCCAGGAAGGAGAAGAUGGAAGAAUCACUGAACGCCCUAAUGAAUGUACGGUGUGAGGAAGUGGUCAAGUUUCUGCAAGAUAUUCUGGACGCACUCUUCAACAUACUGGUGUCGAAUGAUGAUCCAGCGAAGUACGACAAUUUGGUGUUCAAGUGUCUGCUCCGGCUGAUCGAAAUCGUGUACGAUCUUAAGUAUCAACACUUCCAAUCGGUGCUCGAUCUGUACAUCAACGAAAGUUUCUCCGCCACAUUGGCUUACGAAAAACUAAUCAACGUUGUGCAAACGCACAUCCGGAAUGCCAUCAACAACAUUUCCAAGGAUCGUGCCAUGGCAAACAUCUACACGGUGAACGAAAAUGACGAGGCGCUCUAUCGCACCACAAAGUACCUGCAGUACAUCAUGAAGUUCAUCAUUCGCUCGCGCUUACUGUUUGCCGACUUGAACCAGGACAAGGAUCGGGAUCUGUUCGUAGCCGGGCUGGAGGAGUUGCUCGAAUCAUUCUCCGAGCUGAUCAAGUACCAGAACGAUCUGCUCAAGUCACAGGGCGCUCUGCUGAAGUAUCUCCACAUUAUAGCGUCGGACCUGAUGCAGGUGUACGAUCCGGUUAAACUGAGCCAAAAAAUUGUGGAUAUCAUCAUGAACGUACCGACCGGCCGGUUAAACCAAUCGAAGAUGACCUGCAUCAAGGAUGUGGUCGACUCGAAGCUAUUCAAGCUGCCGAAAUGCCGUGCGAUACUGUUGCCAGUGUUCUGUCGGCAGAUUAAGGAUAAGCUCGAGAGCAAGGAAGAGGGUGACUUUAUGUUCGACAUACGGCAGCAGGAGAAAAAUCUUAACAAAGCAGCUAGAGUGCUUGGGGAAAGCAAAUCCCAGCUUCACACGCGUGAAACCACCGCAAAGACGAAGGUGGCCGAAUGUGUCAAUAUCAUGAACAACAUGCUAGAGCUGCUGUUCCAGAGCGAAGAGUACAUAGGCCCGGUGGAGAACGAUAUCCGAGACAUCAUGUUGAUCCUGCUUCGCACGGUGAUCCAGAGUUCGAUCGCUAUGGAUCGUAGCAAUCCGCUCGUCGGUAAUCUGGUAGCGAUUAUGCUCGGGAUCUUCCGCAGUAUGACCGAAUCCCACUAUCAGUGCUAUGUGCGGAGCUUCCUUACGAGCUACGACCUGCUGGACUUCCUCACCGAGAUACUGCUCGUGUUUCAGGAGCUGGUCUCCAAGCCAGUCUUCCCGAUGGACUGGUUAGACAUGAUCAUGCACCAGAACAUGGUGAUCCUUGGCAGCUUGCGACACUUUGCCGCCAUCAUAAUGGAUCAAUUUUUCAGCCCGUUCGAAAAGCAGGUCUGGUCGAACUACUUCCAAUGCUCCAUCACGUUCCUUACGCAGCCGGCGCUGCAGCUGAAUUUAUUCAGCAAAACGAAACAAUCGGUCAUACGGAGCAACUAUCGGGACAUCCGGCGGGAAACGGUGUUCGAGAUACGGAAGAUGUGGUUCAAUCUUGGUGAGCACAAGAUCAUGUUUGUACCACGGCUGGUUGGCCCGAUACUCGAGAUGAGCAUGAUACCGGAGGAAGAUCUGCGACGGGCAACGAUACCGAUCUUUUUCGACAUGAUGCAGUGCGAGUAUUACAGUUCGAAGUACGCGAUGGAGAGCUACGGUGAUACGAAGCGUAAUACGGCCCACAUCAAAGGGAAUUUUAAUGACUUUGAGAAGGAAAUUAUUGAAAAGCUUGAUCACUACAUCGAAGGUGGGUACGGUGAUACGGAGUAUAAGGAUUUGUUCUACGAGAUUAUGCACGAAUCGUGCAGUAAUCAUAGUACGCUCCAGACGUACGGUGUGCAGUGUGUGCAGAUACUGACCCGGCUGAUGGAGAAGUUGCUCGAGUACCGAUGUUUGAUACACGACGAAAGUAAAGAGAACCGGAUGGCGUGUACUGUGAGCUUGCUGCAGUUUUACUCGGACGUGAAUCGGAAGGAGAUGUACAUCCGGUACGUGGACAAGCUGUACGAACUGCACAUGGAGUUUGACAACUUCACGGAGGCGGCCUACACGCUCAAACUGCACAGCAACGAGCUAAACUGGGACGAAACACCGUUGUCGCUGUUGCUAAAAUCUAAACGCCACUAUUCCUGCCCUACGCAUCGGACGCUCAAGGAGCAGCUCUACCGCAGCAUGAUCGAUCUGUUCGACAAGGGCAAAAUGUGGGAGUGUGCUCUCGAUCUGUGCAAGGAGUUGGCCCAACAGUAUGAAAACGAGGUGUACGAUUACCUUAGCCUAAGCGAGCUGUGCAAGAAAAUGUCCCACUUUUACGAAAGCAUACUCCGCACGACACGGUACGAGUCGAUCUACUAUCGUGUCACGUUCUACGGCACCGGAUUCCCAGAGUUUCUACGCAACAAAGAGUUUGUGUAUCGGGGCAACGAGUACGAAGAUGCAGGUUCGUUCAAUAUGCGCAUACUGAGUCAACAUCCACGGGCCGAACUGCUGACAACGCUAACGCCCGGUCCGGAAAUACUGGAGUGCGACGGACAGUUCAUACAGAUCGUCAAGGUAGAUCCGGUCAGCCGAGACAUACGGUUCGGUGGCAAAAACACACAAACGAUCGCUGCUAACAUAGUGAAGUUUUACAAAUCGAACAACGUAAGCGAGUUCCAGUUUUCUCGUCCGAUACGAGACAGUGGAGCGAGCGGAGAUGAUAUCGCCGGUACCUCGUACGAGCGUACCAUCAUGCGAACGACGGAUCCAUUGCCGGGGAUACUAAGAUGGUUCCCGGUGAAAUCUUCCGAAACGAUCAUGAUAUCCCCAAUUGAGAUGGCUAUCGAAACAGUGGAUGCAAAGAACCGUGCAAUACGGGAGCUUGUACUGGAGCAUCAGAACGAUCCACGGAUACCGGUUCACUCGCUGAGCGCCGUUAUAAAGGGUGUUGUUGAUGCCGCGAUCAAUGGUGGGCUACCGAUCUACGAGGAAGCAUUCUUGACGCCAGGCUACCUUGAGCGACAUCCCGGUGACGAUCAUCUGGUAGCACGGCUAAAAGAUCUAAUCGCAUCCCAAAUUCCACUGCUCGAGGUAGCGUUACUGCUGCACAAGAUGAAAACGCCCGCCAUUUUGCUACCAUUCCACGAUCAGCUCGAGAAGUGCUUCGCCACAAUUCAGGCGAACGUGGAGGCAAAGUACGGCAAGCGAGUGACGGAUAUCAAAAUCGACCGAGAUGCGGAGGUAACGCUGCGGCGACACAUUUCGGCUAACCAGCCGCAAAUCAGUAUGGAUUCAAGUCGCCUAUCGGAAACGAGCAUUGGAUCAUCCGAUAGCGGAAUCUCGAAGAGCCAAAACAGUCGUCCAACGACGACCAGUUCCGGAGGGUUCAAAAAUACUAUCGCCAACUUGGCCAACUUCAAUACGGUCAACUUAGCAAGUGACUUCUUCGAGUUUGAUCGCAUAAGUUUGUCCAGUUUUACGGCAAAUGGAUCCGGCGGAAAGUUGAUUUCUAACCUGUCUACCAAGAUUGGCACCAAACUGCGACAAACGUCCCUUGGUACAUCGCCCGGGUCCAAAACGAAAAAGGACAAAACGCUCACCAAACGCCGAUCGAGCCGUAAGAUGGAUCGAGAAUCGUUGAGUCUGUCCGUGUCCAAUAGUCAAUUUUACACUAGUCCCAUAUCGGCGGCAAGCGAACUUGGUAGCACCAGUACUGUCUCGUGCGACAGGGACAGUGGUGGUCCAGUCAGUCUGUUAUCGGUCGGCACUGCAUCAACCGUUUCGAACGCAACAACUCCAACCAACAACUCGCUGCCCGUUUUCGAACUAACCGAGGAGUUGCAUCCAAAACGACCGUUACGCUCGGAAGUAGAGAAAGAAAAGCGCCUUUCAAGACCGCCCAGCAUUGCAACUCCAACGAUGGGUAGUAGAUCGCUGCCGGGUGGUGGUACCGCACCGAAUGGCACGACAGCCGGUGGAGACACCAACUCGAUUGGUUCGGCUGAGAGUAGCAGUAACCGUAAUUCCAUCAUUACCAACGGUUCUACCACUUCCGAGGACGACAGUGUGCCACCACCAUUACCACUGAAGACACGCACCGAUGCGGAUUACACUAAUCUUCCGAGUGGUGUUAAGAUGCAAUCGGCACCGGCCCACACACAGCAGCAGCCAAGCAAUGCAAGCCACUACAUAACAUUCAAACCACUGCUGACAACGGGCACUACCGUGGUGGCCGUCAACGCUUCGUACGAUGUGGUGGAAACGCGUAAUCAUAGCGUGAUUGUGAUUAAUUCUAGUUCCUCGAACGUAAGUGGAUGCGGCAGCCCACCACCAUCGUCCGGAGCGUACGAUGAUCGUAAACGGCCACCAACACCACCACCGAAACCGGCACGAAACAGUAAGGUAUGAGUAAUAGCAAUGGCCUAAAGAU